AUGGAUAAUUUUGUCGCGGAAGACUUUUUCGAUAGCAAAUUAUUGGAAUAUAGUAAACUUAUCUUGCCGUCUGUGUCGAUAGGAAAUGUGCCUCAGCUGACUAUUGACUUGUUAACAACGACACUUGAUGUUAAACGGGUCGGUUUUAUAGAUGAUGAAAAUGUAAUACCUGUGGCUGGUACACGCGAAGACACACAAGGCGCUGUAUUUCAAUCAAAUGAUCGAAAGUGGACUUUGAUCCAACAGCGUGCUCCAUUAAUUCGAAAGCAUUUGCCUCAAUUUGCAAGGAGCUUGAUUUCCUUUAUUGAGGCAUUUAAAUUUUCUGAAGUAAUAUUUUUGUCAAGUGCUGAUGCAUGUCGACGGAUCGAUGCUCAAAUAAUAGGUACACCACUUCGCAUCCUUACGACUUCAUCAAUCUCCAACGACCUCCAAACAAGAAUCACAUCACUCGAACUAAAACAACUUGAACAUGUUAAAUCUGAAGAUUUCAUAAAACCUCACCAUCAGCAGGAUGUCGGUUCUACCACUACAGAUUCUGAUGAUGUGCCUCAGAUUCCUGGUGGAGGCGUUACAAAACAUCUUUAUCAACUAGCCAAAGAAAAAAAUUUGCCGCUAGUUGUGAUCCUUUGGUUUGCGACUGAAGGAGGCAAGAAUUAUUACAACACCCCAGAUGCUAUUCAACUCGCCAAUCACGCGAACUCUUUAUUGGGAUUAUUUCCUUCUCAAGAUUCCGUAGCUUGGAAAGCACCUAAGAGCUGGCAAGGAAUUUUUGGAAAACCCUUCGAAAAAGAAUUAUAUUAA